AUGGGUAGGGUUUUUAUGGUUGAUCUUCAAGGGCAAAUCUACAGUUGCAAACACUGUAAGACUCAUCUAACUAAAGACCAAGACCUCCUCUCUAAGACUUUUCAAUGCAACCAUGGACAAGCUUAUCUCUUUAGUGAAGUUGUAAACAUUUCGAUUGGCAAGAGAGAAGUUAGAAUGAUGAUAACUGGACUUCAUACCGUAACUGACAUUUUCUGUGUUGGUUGUGGAUCAAACGUUGGCUGGAAAUACGAGAUUGCCCAUGACAAGAACCAGAAGUACAAGGAAGGAAAAUCAGUUCUUGAAUUGUGUAAGAUUAUGGGUCCUCAUGAUACCAACAAAUUUCACAACUUUUGA